AUGCAAGACUGGGCAAAGAAGUACGGCGAGGUGUACCGGGUGCGCAUCGGUCCAGUCGAGCAAUACAUGCUGAACUCGGAUAGAGCCGUGAAGCAUCUCAUGGAUAGGAAUUCAUCAUUUUCUUCCGCCAGGCCCCGUAUCGUGGCAGGGGAACUUUUAGCGAACAAUGGAGCGUCCUGUUUCUCAGUGCCGAUCAUCCAAGAUGGAAAGUUCAUAGAAAGAUUAUCGCCACCCACCUGGCCAGCCACCAGAAAGCCGAUGCCAUGUUACCUGCCCUUCAUCAAGAGACUUUGCAAUGGAUGCAUGAGGUCUGUCAUGACCCAGACCAUGGAAGCGAUAAGCAGAACGUGUGGGCAGGCCUACAGCGGUACACGUACAGUACGUACCUUCGCUCAACAGAUGGUCGGCUUGCCCUGGCCAAGGCCAGAUCAUGAAUCAAUGAGAUAUAUGCAUUACUCAGGAUUGUUGCAGAUAUUAGCGACUUUUCCAUUGGCCAACUUGGUUGAAGUCUUUCCAUGGUUGGAACCUCCUCCCCUAUUCCUGAAGCCUUGGCAGCGUUGGGCACGGAAGAUUCAUGCAGAUGACAUCCAAUGGGCCAGGAAGCCCACAGAUCGUGUUCAGAAAUUGAUGGGCACAGAUCGCCAGCCUGUCAGCCUACUCACCCAAUCUCUGAUGGACAAUAAGAUGCUCGGGUUUGAAAGCCGGGAUGAAGCCUCCAUCUCUUCGGUCCAACUCAUUGGUGCCGCCGCAGACACAAGUCAAAUGUUAACAUGGUCAUUCCUCGAGGCCAUGAUGACUUUUCCAAAUGUACAACGCAAAGCACAGCAGAAGAUCGAUGAAGCCGUGGGAGAUUGUAUUCCCACUUGGGAACAUUUUCAUCGCAUUCCUUAUGUACGAUCAUUAAUGAAAGAGACAUGGCGCUGGGGCCACCAGUGGGACUGGGACACGCCCAUGUAA